AUGGGCGAAUCGAAGCCCUUCUUCCAGCCCUAUGCGAUCCUCCCGGUCCUGGUGACCGCGACCACAUUCAUCCUCACAUUUCUCUGUGUCUUUGCUGGCAACACCCCUGGCUUCAUGGAGCAAUACUCUGUCUUUACACUCAACACCACCCGCCUUGGACAGAACGCCAUCGAGAAGAUCGACGAGAAGAUUAUGAGCUUCAACGCGACGAAGAUCAUCACAAAGCGUGAUCUCCCAGCCGCCGCCAUCGUGCACCCUGCAAUGAUUACUGACGCGCCUGAUCUCUACGCCCGACAAGAUAUCGGAGACAUCUUCUCAGACUUGACAGCAGGUGCCGGCUCGAUCAAAUCCGACGCGGGCGAUGCCAUCGAUUCUGUACAGACGGCCAUUACGAGUAAGAUCUCGUCUGCCGCAUCCGCUGUGGAGAGCAAAGCGUCUUCUGUCGAAGGCAUCGUUGCCUCAAAGAUCUCCAGCGCCAUCAACUCUGCCCAGACCGCCGUCGUUGAUGCAGUGAACGGUACUUACAAUGACUGGAUUGACGAGCUAGAACUUAAAGGCUUCUACUCCAUCCACCUGCGCACUACCUGUGAGGGCGAGUACGUUACACCCUCAGGCCAGAAUAUCUCCAUCGGAGACAGUCCAAUUCCCCCGAACGGUACACACAAGAACGUCGACUCCUGCUCAACCCACUCCUCUCUCAACCCUCUAGGCCUGAUCCGCAUCCUCUUUGAGAUCGGAAUCGGCUUGACAGGUCUCGCGCUUAUCGUCGCGAUAUGGUCUACAAUUCGCUACACGUAUAAGAAGGCGUGGCUGAACAGCAUCAUCUCAGUCGCAGCUCUGAGUUUCCUGGGACUUGCGACUAUCCUCACCCAUGGCCUUGCAGUCGCCGUCUCGAAGCUUCUGAACUUACUAGGAAGCGGCAUCGGGCUGAAGACGGAGUACGGAGGCAAAUUCAUCGCUUUAGCUUGGGCAACUGUCAUCCUUUUGCUCGUUAAUAUUGGGCUUUGGGUGGUUAUUGGUCUCUUUCAUGAGAAGCUUCCGGGGUCUCCAUCUCGGAACAAAAGCGUCAAGAAGAACCGCGAUCAGGAGAAGAGCUCAGUCUCCCCACCACUUCCGAGUUAYCAGCAUGAGUAUAACAAUACAGGUAGAUAG